AGAUAAAGUGUAAAAAUGGUAAGAAAACUGAGACAGAAGAUGAUUCUUCAUCAGAUAAAGAAUCAAGCUACUUAUGGUCUGAAUCUGGUUCAAAUUCUAGUAGCACUAGUGGAAGUGGUUCAUCUUCUGAUGGUAGUAGCUCAUCAGGAAGUUCAUCCGAUUCAUAAUCAGAAAAAGAACAAAAGAAAAAAGGAUGAAUUUGCACAAUUACAAUUGGUCUGGGCUAAGUGUAGAGGAUAUCCGUGGUAUCCUGCAUUGAUAAUUGACCCAAACAUGCCACCUGGGCACUUGCAUAAUGGUAUACCUGUUCCAAGUCCUCCAUCAGAAGUACUAAAUUUGGCAAGUAAUUACAAAGAGCUUGUGUACUUAGUAUUGUUUUUUGAUUCUAAGCGUACAUGGCAAUGGUUACCUCGUAACAAACUGGAACCACUCGGUGUUACUCAAGAACUAGAUGAUAUUAAGCUAACAGAAUCAAAAAAACCAGCAGACCGUAAAUCUGUUCGUAAAGCAUACAUGGAAGCUCUUGUUUAUAAAACUGAUCCAAUAAUCCCAUCAUCUAAUUUAAGACGUUCAAGUAGAACAUAAUACAACAUAUUUGUGUUGAUUUAUCAGUUUUGUGCAUGUUGCACUAUUAAUGAUUUUAGAAUUUCAAUUCUUUUAUUAUUUUUAUAUUAUAUAA